AAGGGAAAAAAAAGGAGGGGUGCGAGAACAUUAACUUCGGCCGGGAUACCUUGACCCUUGGUAUCCGGAUCCGGGACCAGAGGAAACCUCAUGCGUUUCCAGCCCGCCGCCCGCUGUCUCGCCGUCGCUCAGCAGUUCCGAGGCCCUUGUUGGAGCCGAUCCUUCUUCUUCUCAGCAACAUUCACCAACCCCGCUGCCGCCUUCGCCACCAUGGCCGCGCCCAACGGCUCUUCGUCGCCUCCCCGCGGCGGCAGCAGAGACGAGGGGGUCACACUCGCCGCCCUCCCCAAGUCCUGGCACUUCACGUCCUCGCUUCCCGCCGACCCGCAGUUCCCGACGCCCGCCGACAGCCACAAGGCGUCGCGCGAGGACCUCGGGCCCCGCCAGGUGCGCGGCGCCCUGUUCACGUGGGUCCGCCCGGAGACGCAGGAGGAGCCCGAGCUGCUGGCCGUCUCGCCGGCGGCCAUGCGCGACCUCGGCCUGGCCCAGUCCGAGGCCGAGACGGACGAGUUCCGGCAGGUGGUCGCCGGCAAUAAGAUCCUCGGCUGGGAUCCCGAGACGCUCUCCGGGCCGGGCUACCCCUGGGCGCAGUGCUACGGCGGCUUCCAGUUCGGCGCCUGGGCCGGCCAGCUCGGCGACGGCCGUGCCAUCAGCCUGUUCGAGGCCACCAACCCGCGGACCGGCCGCCGGUACGAGGUCCAGCUCAAGGGCGCCGGCAUCACCCCCUACAGCCGUUUCGCCGACGGCAAGGCCGUCCUGCGCAGCAGCAUCCGCGAGUUCAUCGUCAGCGAGGCCCUGCACGCCCUCGGCAUCCCCACCACCAGGGCCCUGGCCAUCAGCCUGCUGCCGCACAGCCGCGUCCGCCGCGAGCGCGUCGAGCCGGGCGCCGUCGUCGUCCGUUUCGCCGAGAGCUGGCUGCGCUUCGGCACCUUCGACCUCCUCCGCGCCCGCGGAGACCGCGCCCUCCUCCGCCGCCUGGCCACCUACGUGGCCGAGGACGUCCUCGGCAGCUGGGAGAACCUGCCGGCGCGCCUCGACGACCCGGACGACCCGGCCAAGACGCCGGCGCCCGCCCGCAACGUGCCCCGCGACGCGGUCCAGGGCCCCCCGGGCGCCGAGGAGAACCGGUUCGCGCGGCUGUACCGGGAGAUCGCGCGGCGGAGCGCGCUGGCCGUGGCCAAGUGGCAGGUCUACGGCUUCAUGAACGGCGUGCUCAACACCGACAACACGUCCGUCCUGGGCCUCUCGAUGGACUACGGCCCCUUCGCCUUCAUGGACGCCUUCGACCCGGCCUACACGCCCAACCACGACGACUACAUGCUCCGCUACAGCUACCGCAACCAACCGACCGUCAUCUGGUGGAACCUGGUCCGGCUGGGCGAGGCCCUCGGCGAGCUGCUGGGCGCGGGCCCGGACGUCGACGCGGACGACUUCGUCGCCACGGGGCCGACCGAGGCCGCCGCGCCCGCGCUCGUCGCCCGCGCCGAGCGCCUCAUCAACGCCGCCGGCGAGGAGUACAAGGCCGUCUUCCUGGCCGAGUACAAGCGGCUCUUCGCCGCCCGCAUCGGCCUGCGCGGCGGGCCCCGCCCCGCCGACUUCGACGCCCUCUUCUCCCCGCUCCUCGACACCCUCGAGGCCCUCUCGCUCGACUUCAACCUCUUCUUCCGCCGCCUCUCCGACCUGCGCCUGCGCGACAUCUCGACCCCGGAAGACCGCCUCGCCCAGGCCGGCCGCUUCUUCUACCAGGACCAGGACCAAAACCAGAGCGGCCGGCAGCGCGUCGCCGACUGGCUCGCCGUGUGGCGCGAGCGCGUCGUCCAGGACUGGGGCACGCUCGAGGACUGGGGGUCCUCCUUUUCUUCCGCCGACGGCUCCGGCGCCGUGUCCGACAAGGCCGAUGCGGAGCGCAUGGCAGCCAUGAAGCGGGUCAACCCCAACUUUGUGCCGCGCGGCUGGAUCCUCGACGAGGUCAUCCGGCGCGUGGAGAAGGACGGCGAGAGGGACGUGCUGAAGAGGGCCCUGCACAUGGCCCUGCACCCCUUCGAGGACGAGUGGGCGGGGAGAGUUUUUGACGGUGUGGUCUAUGAGGGCGACAGAGAGGAGGAGGUGCGGUGGACCGGCGAUGUACCCAAGACCGGGAGGGCGAUGCAAUGCAGUUGCAGUUCCUGAUUUAUUUGAUUUUUUUUCUUCCGGCGAGACAUCAAAUCUUUGGGCGUUGGCAUGUUGAAGUCGGUCCUUUGUUGGCUUCUUCGAUUCUAGUCAUGCUUCUUUCAUCAUCCCACGGCUCACGAAGUUAACGAAUACUAAUCAUCGGUUCGAUAAACGAGAGACUAUUAGCGAGAAACUAUCCGACUACAUGGCGGUUAAUCCAUUGAAAGGUCAUGCAUCUCCAGCGAAUGAUGACUUCUUCUCUCCUCCUGGUAGCACAGAACGGAAAAAGACAAACAAAGCAAAGCGCGUGGUAUAGACAUCCAUCUCCAUACCACUACC